GAAGCGUCCGCCUCCCUCGUGUCUAACGCGCGGACAUAGUCCCCUUCUUCGUGUCCGAAGCCCGCAAAAGGUCCUCCUCUCCCGUGUCCGACGGCCGGGCAGCAUCCUCCUCCCUCGUAUUCGUCGCGGACGCCCGGCCGGUGCUCGUAAACGUCGCACCGGACAAUUGUGUACAGCCCAGCCCGCUGCCCUGUGGAGGGGUCUCAUGAGAGUGCCCUGCUCUGCAGCUUGGACUUGGUUCGCUCGUGUGUGUGCGGCGCGGACUCGGACGUGGCGGCAGCCCACAGGGCCGUGUGCGAUGCUUCGUCCACUGCUCCUGCUCCUCUGGGCCCAGGCGACCCUCGCGCUGACCACCAGCGACAAGCAGAGUCUCUAUGGGAGGAAGAAAACAGACCGGCUGGUACAGGUGACGGCGGUGGAGGGGCAGCCUGCUGACCUGCCAUGUGACGUCACGACGCCAGGAAACGGUGACUCGCUGCGGCUCGUGCUCUGGUACUACGGCACCGAGGGCACCAUUUAUACGUACGACGCCCGUGGUCGGAGCGGGGCGUCCGGCUCGCACUGGGUCAGUGACCAGCUGGACACCGGGCGCCUGCGCUUCCAGGCGCACAGCCUGCCGGCCAGCCUGCGAAUCGUGGCUGUCAACCGCAGCGACAGCGGCGUUUACCGCUGCCGCGUCGACUAUCUCGCCUCGCCAACGCAGAACUCUCGGGUCAACCUCACCGUCAUAGUACCUCCGCAGAAGCCGGUUGUUUUGGACGCCGCCGGUACUCGCAUCAACGACGGCCGGCUGGGGCCUUACAAGGUCGGCCAGUCGGCCAACGUCACGUGCGCCGCUCUGAACGGCUACCCGCCGCCGAACGUGACCUGGUGGCGCGGAGGGUCACGGCUGGCGCUGGGGCCACUGCGCCGCGCGGACCACGGCGCCCGCUACACCUGCAUCGCCGCCUUCCACACGUUCAGCGCCGCCGUCUCCACCUCGGUGGUUGUCGACAUGAUCUGCCGGCCGGCCGCCGACAACAGGCCGCGGUACGGUCACAGCGACCAGCGGCUGAUCGGCUGGAUCUGGCAGCCCGGUGCUGCCAGAUUUACACGGUCAUCUGCAUCCUGA